AUGAAGAUUCAGAAGUGUUGCUCUCACUGCCCAGAAAAGCUGAUCGCUCAGAAAAGCAACGAGUUCCACGAAUGUUGUCAACCAAAUUAUAUUUCUGAAAACUUAAAAGUGUCCUCUUUGAGAAAAUGUGAACCAGAAUCUUUUAGUAGAAGAGAGAUGGAGAAAAAUCUUCCGUUACCCGAGCAGCAUCGAUCUUCCUACGAUUAAUUCGCUCUGGCGAAGAGACUUCACGCGGAGAAUCUCCAGCAUCAGCCUCUCCCUGACAAAGUCCACGAUUCUGUAUUCAAGAACCCCUGCCCAAGACCCUGUCGUCGACUUCCUUCGGGAAGGCCCUGUGAAUGCUGCGAACAGGUAUCUAAAAACGAUCAUAAGAACUUGAACAAACGUUAUGGACCAAUUUUAGGGUGCAAGGAGCCCAAGACGAAAAUGGAUCUGGCUAUCUGCUGGGAGACACCGGUAGAUCCUGUCUACGAACCACCUAGAUCCAGUCACAUCGACGGUUCGAAAGGAGGUUUGGCGCCAGCUAUCUUCACACUCGUAGAACACGCGUCUAAAUGCUCCACAAAUUAG